GCUGUUAAAUCUUCUACUGUCAAGGUUGCAGGACGUGAUGUAUUGGCCACUUGGAAGUUACUUGUUGCUCUUGGUGUUACCCCAAUUCUAUAUGGAAUCUAUACUUUAAUAAUAUUAAUUAUUUCUUAUAAUUAUAACUGGAGAUUUAUAUUGAAUUUCGGAAUAUUGUCUCCAAUAGUUGUAUUUAUUGUGUUAUUUGUUAUUACUUAUGGAACAAUGCGAUUGGCUGACACUGGACUUGAUAUAUACAGGCGAGUCUUUUAUCGGUCGCUUCGUCCUCUGUUUCUAUCACUUCUACCUUGGUCUAAAUCAACAAUUCAAAGCCUACGACAAAGUAGAGAGAAACUGGCUUACGAUUUGACAGAACUAAUUAACGAACUAGGUCCAAAAUUAUAUCCAGAUUUUGAUAAUGCACGUAUAGUUCAAGAGUCUAAAAAGGCCAGUAGAUCACCAUCACCAUCGAGGCCAUCAUCAUCGUUGAGAUUAUUCGCAUUGACAGAUUUGGCGGAUGAUAAAUUAUUUAAUUGGGAAAAGGCUGAUGAUUCGGAUUACGAUGAUGUAUUUUUCUUCCUUGACAAGCAUAAUGGUGGUAAGAUUACUGGACGUAGUAGAUCUAAUUCUUCUAGUAGGAAAUUUUCAAGUGGCAAAGAUGGAACUAGUAGCAGUGCAUCAUUAACUAGAGUGAAUUCAUUUAAUUCGAUCAAUUCAAAUAUGGAAGCGUUUACAAAAUUACCAAAUACAAAUACAAAUACAAUAUCAUCGUUUAAAGUUCCAGAACUUAGAAUUACCGAUGAUGAUGGAUAUCAAGGAGACAAAGAAAGUUCAAUACAAACAAAGAAGAACGUUUAA